AGCAUAGCGUCGUUUUACCCACUCCCGUUACCCGCCCCUGUAAAAACAUUACACACGAGUGAAAUCAGAGCGAAAAAUAAAAAGACGAGACACAGAAGGCGGUCUAAGCAACAUAGGAACAUGUUCCAAGUUGCUUCGAAUCGGCUGCACGGUUGUUGAUCAUCUCGGAGAAAGUUUGUCGGGGUUGCACCGUUCCGCUCUGCUGCAGGAAGGACUAAGCAAUAUGAUCAAUGUGUAUGACUGCCGCUUCGAAAACCAGCAGGUUUUCAAGAAAACGCUGAAAACAGACGGUUUAGACCUAGAUGGCUUUCUUCAACUUGUGCACAAGGAAUUUGCUGUCCCUUCAGAUCAGAGAUUUGUGUUGGUAACAACUGACAGAACAGUUGUGAAUGAUGGCAAAUAUAAGGAGCUUCAUGACGGCAGCACCCUCUACUUGUUGCAAAACAAGGACCAAGUCCUGCCAGUUGCAACCGAGGAGAACAUCAACUUUGUUCCUCACUACAACACCCUGAUUGAGAGUGGAACGUUUGAGUACUUCGCCGAGGGCCAGAAAUCACUGUCCUGCGCUCUGGCUGAGCUGGUGGACAACGCUCUUUCGGCCACCGCUAAAAACACAGGAGGCAGGACGAUAGAGAUCCAGCUGCUGUUUGACAGAACAUUUGGGAAACCUGCAGUCGUUGUCUUGGAUAACGGGUGCGGGAUGACCUCAAAGCAGCUCAAUAACUGGGCCGUGUACAAACUUUCUAAGUUCAUUAGGGAAAACAGCACAUUUGAAAGUGAAAGAGACGCAUAUGUUCGUCCUGAACCUGUCCCUCGAAGUCUCAACAGCGACAUUUCCUACUUUGGAGUUGGGGGCAAACAAGCAGCUUUCCACAUUGGGGACUCAGUCAGAAUGAUCACCAAGCCAAUCAACUCACCAGAUGUUCAUGAGCUGGUUCUGUCAAAGGAGGAAUUCCAGAAAAAAGAGCAAAACAAAGAGGAUGUUUUCAAAGGGACCAUCUUAAACAGGAAGCCUGGUGACUACUCGCACGUAACAAGCAGCGAGCGCUUUCUACAGGAGGUCAUCAAGGAGGAACCUGGGAAGGAUAGCUUUACUGCUGUUGUCAUCACAGGAGUCUGUCCUGAACACAUCAAAUAUCUGAAGCAGGACUUCUCUGAGUGGACCAGACAGCUAGCGCACAUUUAUCAUUAUUACAUUCAUGGAGCCAACGGUAACCAUAAGACCAACAACUCCCUAAGAUCAAAUGUCAUUCCACAAAUUGAUAUUGUGGUAACUUUGUGUGAUAAACCUUUGUAUAGCAUGAAUCUCAGAAAUGUGGAGGACGACAUGCAGACCUUGUACAUAAACUCAGCUGUAGACACAUUUGAGUUCAAGGUCAAAUCUUCAGAGGGUGGGACAGUGGACGGAGUCCUAAGAUAUCAUCCAUUCCUCUACGACAAGGAGACCUACCCCAAAGAUCUGAAUGUUCUUCAAGCACCUGUGGAGGAAGAUGAUGAUGAGAAUGAGUCUGGAACCAUGAAUCAGGCCAGAGGGAAGAGGGACAUCUUUGAAUGUUUCUGGAAUGGACGGCUCAUCCCUUACACCACAGUUUCUGAGUUUGAUUGGUGCCGUCGGCCCAAUAAAAGUGGGUUGCCUGCAGAGUGUUAUAGCCGCUUCUCUGGGGUGCUUUUCACUGAUGACAAAUUCCGGGUCAAUGCGAGCAAACAGAAGUUUAUGGAUUUGGAGCUGAAAUUGAAGAACAAGGAUACAUUGUUUACCCCUGUUUCUAAUGUUCAGAAAGCCUCAAAAGGUCGUAACAUCCAGAAAGAGUUCACGCAGUGGCUUCAAAACUGCAACAGUCAGUUUGAUAAGCAGGUGAAGUUCCUUGGCUACAUAAAGACUGUGGAACGGAAAGAUCUCCCGACUAAGAAGAUGCAGCAUCCCUGGGCGGUGUUCUCCUCUACUGAGUUAAAUGGCAAAAUAUUAAAAGCAGGGCAAAUUGUGAAAACUCAGAAAACUGUGCCAGUUCUUUUCGGCACAGUGAAUCAUUUUUUGCUGUUUGGAAAUCACGAUGGGGACGUAUUUGCCACCGGCGGACAAGUGGAAAUCAUUCGCGAGCCAGCAGCUCUUUAUGACAAUUCCACCAAGAUCAUACCCAUCUCCAAGAUUGACCUGACCGCCACUACAGAAAGCAUCAAGAAAAACAUUGAGAACGACCUGGACAAGUUGCCAGCAAAGUUGAAUGUUGAUUGGCCAGAAGGCAAUCCUUGGCCACAAAAUGCUGUUUUCCCCUCCGGGACUCCUUUAGGGCCUUUUAGGGUGGAAAUUCUUAACAGAAAUGGAAAAUCGAUCUCAUCCAGGAUUCAAACCGGGGGCCAGGGGACAGGGAUAAAACUGAAUGUGCGACUCACAGUAAUCCUGCAUGGUCCCAAAGGAGAAACAAAGGUCUGUUUACUUGCCCCCUAUAUAGCUAAUCAUGGACACUGGUUCAAAAAAAAUGCAGGAUGCCUGGCCAGCCUGGGGAGGUACAGCCUAACUCUACAAGCUGUGCUACAUGAAAACGGAGCAGAUGUCUAUGGAAACAAAAAGCUCCCGAGCUACGAGCACAAGUUCACAAUCAAAGCGGGAAAUGCAGAGAGCUUUACUGUUGGUACGGUGAACACCUCUCAGCGUGUGGGAGUGCCGUUCAACAUUGCCCUGCAGAUAAAAGAUUGUAACGGGCACUCCACAACUCUUCCUCCUGAGCUCCAGCCUUCUCUUCAGUGCAGUGAUCUGGAACUGAGUUAUGAGACAACCGGCUGGACCGGGAACACCUUCAUCAUCAAAGGCGUCAAAGGCAAAGGGAGAGUCCAGGAUUAUCAACAAUCCAGGAGUUAUGAUCUGAAAGUGACAUUACCCGGGCUAAAAAAUGACACACAGAUUAUCAAGAUCAGUCUCCUUCCUGGCACUCCACAUUCCCUUCAUGUGAAACCUGAGGUAAACCCAGUGAAAGUGGAGAAUGGAAGCCCAGUUAGUUUUAAUGUUGAAGUUCAUGAUGAGGCUGGAAACAUCACUGCCAACCCCAAACAGAUAGUUUGCUGCCAGAUUGAAGAGCUAAAUCUUCCGUUGAUGGUGACAGAUUGCAGCAGCACAGGAGCAAGCCAGAUUGUGACAGAGCCUGUAAACCUGAAAAUUAUCAAUGGAGAGCCACAAAUGCUCAACGUUAGAUUUUACAUGUCUAAUAAGAAAAAUGUUGCCAUCACAAGAGAGCUGAAGGUCAUGCCCAGCUGUCGAGUCUCCCAGAUGGAGCUCUUCUGUCAGGGGGUGGAAAAACUGGAGCUGAAGAAUGAGGAAAAGAUAGAGUGGCAAGCCGGAGGAGUGCUUGAGAACCUGGUCUAUAAGCUAUAUGAUGAGUCUGGCAGGGAGGUGCAAGUCACUCCUGAAAUAGCCUCCAACAUCAAGGUUAACUGGACCAGAGACGUUAAUCUAAGAGCCUUGGUAAAGGGAAGGCUGCCAGAUGUGCAAGUUCCUACGAAAGUGCAGGAAGCACGCUUCCACCAGGUUUCCUACCAGGAUCAGAGUGUGUCUUUCUGCUUUACUAUUGUGCCUCGUCCUGAUGAACCAGCGCGAUUAAAGGCAACUGUACCAGAAAACACAGUGAGGCUUGGUGAAACCUUUGCUGCACCCAUAAAGUUGGAGCUUGUGGAUCAGUACGACAAUGUCACAAAGGAGCUGACCUCUGCUUGUGUGAAGUCAAUGACUGUGGAGGCGGAGGGUCUAGACAAAACAAACAUCGCGUUCAUAUGGCAGGAGAGCAUCAGUUCUGUUGCAGUCACUGGAGUGCGUUUCCACUCAGGGCCUCUGGGGCCCAGAGAGGUUUGCUUCAGCUACAGCGACUACACAGAAGUCGUCAUCAUUAAAGUGACAGCAGGAAUCCCCAUCAAGCUUAAACUCCUCAGCGGGCCUAAGCCGCCCUUGCAGGUCUUGAAUGGCCAUGGUAUUCCCACACCAUUCCUCCUCCAGCUGUGUGAUGAGUGGGGAAACCCCUCCCCAGACCAGAGAGUGGUGGUAGAGGUAAGAUCAUCACCUUCAACAGUAAAGGUGACGACAUCUGUUCUUUCACAACCUGUGGACGCGGAAGGAAAAGCCUCCUUCACAGUUCAUACUGUAAAAGGGUCAAAAGGGUACUAUCAACUAGAGUUUAAAGGUUGCUUUAACAAAAAUCCCAUCGCUGGUCCAUAUGUGAACUUCAAUAUCGUCCCUGAUCCCACCAAACCUGUCAAACUGUCAGUAAACUACGACACCAAUGCCAGGCUUCCUGCUGGAGGCACAUUUCCGGUUUUCUCGGUAACCGUCAUGUCUGAGGUAGGCAGUCCGAUGGCAACUUUCAAUCCUGCUGAUCUGUCCAUGUGGUGGUGGAAGGGAGUUUCACCGUCACGGCCAGAAACAGCAACUGAGCUGAAGUGCAGUAAACCAAUGCAAAAUGAGAAGAAGGACUGUUAUCACUUUAGAGAUAAAGAAAUCCCACAAAGCACAGGGAAGUACACCAUACAGUUCUCUCUGCGUAUUGGAGAAACAGGAGUCCUGCUCAGUAAUCAGAUUAGUGUAAAUAUUGUGGCCAAUCGACCCGUCAAGCUGGGACCUGAAUGUCAGCUGCAAACCCGAGUUGUUUCCUACAGCAAGGACAUCGCCAGCCGAAUCUUAGUGGAGAACAUCGCUCUGAAGAUUAUGGAUCAGCAUGGUAACCCAGCCGGGCAAGACCUGAACGGGAAGGUGCUGGUCUCCAUAAAGUGUCCUGAUGGGAAACCAAGCAGAACCCUCCCUCUGUUUGAAGGGAAAACCAGAACUAUUGACUUUGUCUUGAAAGAGGGAAGCACCUACAUCAAUAGGCUGGCGAUCAUGGAGGAUAGUCCUGGAGAGAAUGGAAGCAGAUAUGUUCUCUCCUUCAAACCCGAAGUGACGAUGCCUCCCACAUCGCUGAGUCCUUUUGAACUUCCAUUCCAUUUUUACAACGACUCUGAGAACCAACUAAAAAUGUCUGAACUGACAAAGAAGAAGGAUGAGCUGAUAACUCAUUAUAAGAAAUUGGAAGAAGCAUGUUCCUCGUACUUCGAUUUGCGUAACAUGCUCACGAGUCAAGUCCUGGAUAUAAACAAAAAGGAGACGGCCCUCAGAGACAGGUUGAAGAGAAGCCAUAUAUCAGUUUCACGACCUUUACUUAUCCCAGAAGUUGACAGAUUUCUGGAAGAAAAGACCGCUGAAAAGAGAAGAAUAGAGAGGAUUCCCAGGAGAGUGUUUUCAAUCCCUAACAACUUCAGUGGGCCAGAUGUUCUCGGGAAGGUUGGCCACCUUGCUGUUGUUAGUGAUGAUGCUGCUGCCUGGGUCAUCUCCUGGCACCUGUCCGGAGACAUGGACUGCGUCAUCACCAGGACGACAGCAGAAGCUCAGAGUAUCUACCAUAACGAACAUGGCAGACAGCAGGUCAUGGCCCUCGACAGCAUUUUUGUUCAAGGAAACAGGCCUCUGCCUCACAUAAGAAAUGGACUAGAACUUUUCAAUCCUUCCGGGAACCCGCUCUACGCGAGGAACCUGCUGAUUUAUCCCAACGAAAAGCAGAGCUGUGAGCUUGUGUUUAAAAACCUCCUCGGUGACACUAUUCUGAUGGACGACUUGGACUCUGCCACCAACUACAGAAAGGCGGUUGUAGAGAACAGGAUACCGUGUCCCACCAUAUUGACCCGACAGGGGAACCGGCUCAGUGCCAGGGGCAAAUUUGGGGGCACACAGAACAUUGCACCACCAAAAGAUAGGGUGAAAAUGUUUGGAGCACCUCUACCACAACGCUACUACACACUGCAGGAAGAAAUAGAGUUGCUCUGUCAGUAUAAAUCAGUGUUGGUGAAGAAAAAAGAUGCGGAAGAUGAACGCGAUGACUUGAUAAAGAAGUCUCUUGAACAGGCACAAAAGCAACAAAAAAUGAAGGAGAUAACGGAGCAGCUUGAGGAGAUUGAAAGACAGCUUGCAGCAGCAGUGAGACCAGGUAAACGAGCGGCUGAAAAUAUUUUGGAGCCCUUUGGCCUCAUGAUGAAACGCCCAAGACAAAAAUCCAUGCAGGUGCAACAGGCACUUUAGCUUCACUUGUGUUUUGGCAAAAACUCCUUUUGUAUUUUUCUUUUCUUUUUGGUCAAUUUUGAAUGUUUUAAGAGCGUAAUGUUUACAAGUUUAAAUGUGAAUUUCUAAGUCUGGCAGAUUUUUGUAUCUGAAGUUUUUCACCUUUCAAAAAUAAACUAAUGUUUAGAAACAGUA